CCAUUUUUGUGGCGUGAAAAGGCGGUGCGGCCUGUGAUCAUGGCGCUGUUCCCCGCCUUUGCGAGUGUUAGUGAGGCGCCCGAGAGUGGGAGCCCCAGGAAAGAAUUAGACUGGCUGAACAACCCAAGCUUUUGUGUUGGAACCGUAACAUCUCUGGGCCAACAAACUGAAGAGGCCACAGCCUUUGUUUCUGAAGAGUCGCUACUGACCAGGAGUCCUCUGAAUUCAGAGCCUUCAGAUGAAAGUGACACUAACAGAAAGCCCAAACAAACAAGCAGAAAAAAGAAGAAAGAGAAAAAGAAGAAAAGGAAGCAUCAGCACCACAAGAAAACCAAGAGAAAUCGUGGGCAGUCAAGUAGCAGUGGCUCUGAGUCAUAUACUGAUUCUGAAAAGGACAGAUCUUCCAGAAGCAUCAGAGACAGUAAAAAGGAAUCAGAGAAACCGAAUCAAGAAAAUAAUGCCACUGCUGAUAUUGGACGUCACUUUGUUUGGCUUGAGGACAUUCAGGCUCUGACGGGAGAAACCUUCAGAACAGAUAAGAAGCCGGAUCCUGCAAACUGGGAGUAUAAGUCUCUUUACCGAGGAGAUGUAGCAAGAUACAAGAGGAAAGGACACUCCUGCCUUGGCAUUAACCCUAAGAAGCAGUGUAUAUCUUGGGAGGGGACGUCCACAGAAAAGAAGCGGUCACACAAGCAUGUCGAGCGCUACUUUACAAAGAAGAGUGUGGGAUUAAUGAACAUUGACGGAGUUGCCAUUAGCAGUAAAACUGAGCCUGCCUCAUCGGAGUCGAUCUCAUUUAUCCCAGUGAAGGGUGCAGAGGACGUGGUUGCCCCUGUUACAACCUGGUUGAACCCUCUGGGGAUUUAUGAUGAAGCCACCACGCAGUGGUUACAAGGCCGGGGUCCUUCAGAGCAAGCAUCCAAGCAGCCAGAUUCACAGCCCAACAGGGAGGACGUGCUUCUCAAGGCCAAGGUGGAGGAGUUUAACAGGAGGGUAUGGGAGAAUCCUCGGGAUGUUCAGCUGUGGAUGGCAUUUGUUGCUUUUCAGGACGAGGUCAUGAGAAGUCCGGGCCUGUAUGCCAUUGAGGAAGGAGAGCAGGAAAAGCGGAAGCGGUCCCUGAGGCUGGUUCUGGAGAAGAAGCUGGCCAUUCUGGAACGGGCCGUGGAAAGCAACCCGAGCAGCGUGGAUCUGAAACUCGCCAAGCUGCAGCUCUGCACCGAGUUCUGGGAGCCCUCCACUCUGGUCAAAGAGUGGCAGAAACUGAUAUUUUUACAUCCCAACAAUACAGCCCUUUGGCAGAAAUACCUUUUAUUUUGCCAGAGCCAGUUUAGCACCUUUUCCAUAUCAAAAAUUCAGAGUCUUUAUGGAAAAUGCUUGAGUACUUUGUCUGCUGUUAAGGACGGCAGCAUCUUGUCCCACCCUGAGCUGCCUGGCACCGAGGAGGCCAUGUUUGCCCUCUUUCUUCAACAGUGCCACUUUCUGCGGCAGGCUGGUCACUCCGAGAAGGCCGUCUCUCUGUUCCAGGCCAUGGUUGACUUCACCUUCUUCAAACCCGACAGUGUGAAAGACCUGCCUACCAAAGGACAGGUAGAAUUCUUUGAGCCCUUUUGGGACAGUGGAGAGCCCAGGGCUGGGGAGAAGGGCGCCCGAGGCUGGAGAGCGUGGAUGCACCAGCAGGAGCGGGGCGGCUGGGUGGUCGUCAGCCCAGAUGAUGACGAUGAUGAACCGGAAGACGACGACCAGGAAAUUAAAGAUAAGACUCUGUCCAGGUGGCAGAUCUGGCUUGCUGCUGAGCGGUCCCGAGACCACAGACACUGGCGGCCGUGGCGCCCUGAGAAGACCAAGACGCAGGCGGAGGAAGACUGUGAGGACCCAGAGAGACAGGUAUUGUUUGAUGAUAUUGGACAGUCUCUGAUCCAACUUUCCAGCCCGGAUCUUCAGUUUCAGCUGGUUGCAGCCUUUCUGCAGUUCUUGGGUGUGCCUUCCGGCUUCAGCCCUCCGGCCUCCUGCCUCUAUCUGGCCAUGGAUGAGAACAGCAUCUUUGACAAUGGACUCUAUGAUGAAAAGCCCUUGACUUUUCUCAACCUUUCAUUUUCCGGCGUCAGCUGUGUGGGACGCACAGACCAGCUGGGUUGCCGGCACUGGACCAGGGGUCACAGUCGAGAGGGCGAGGAGUUCAUCCGCAGCAUCUUCCACCUCGUGAUGCCUUUGUUUUCAGGCAAGGAGAGGUCUCAGCUCUGCUUCUCCUGGUUACAGUACGAGAUUGCAAAGGUCGUUUGGUGUCUGCACACUAAAAACAAGAAGAGAUUAAAAUCACAAGGAAAGAACUGCAAAAAACUAGCCAAGAAUCUCCUUAAGGAGCCAGACAACCGCAACAAUUUUUGCCUCUGGAAGCAGUAUGCGCAUCUGGAGUGGCUGCUCGGCAACACAGAGGAUGCCAGAAAAGUUUUCGAUACAGCACUCAGCAUAGCAGGGAGCAGAGAACUGAAGGACCAUGAGCUGUGUGAGCUCGGUCUCCUCUACGCCGAGCUGGAGGUGGAGCUGUUGCCGGACGUGAGGGGGGCCGCCCCAGCCCGAGCCAUUCACGUAUUGACCAGACUGACCGAGAAUGGGGCCUACGGGCCCUACACCGGGCAAGUCUCGGCCGUUCACAUUUUGAAAGCUCGGAAGGCUUAUGAACACGCGCUGCAGGACUGUUUGGGGGAGAGCUGUGUCUCCGAUUCCUUUAGCCGCCUGAUUAGCCUGGUUAAAUGCUUUAUGCUCUUCCAGUAUUUGACCCUAGGGAUCGACGCUGCUGUGCGGAUAUAUGAGCAGGUACUUGCAAAACACCAGGUCUCUGUUUCCGCAGAGGGCCCUGGUCUGGAGGGCAGUGCCAGCCCGCAGAGCCUGAGCAGCGUCCUCGAGGCCGUCACCCUGACACACACGAGCCUGCUCAGGUUCCACAUGAAAGUCGCCGUCUACCCGCUGGCUCCUCUGCGAGACGCUCUCACGGAGGCUUUAAAGUUGUAUCCGGGCAACCAGGCUCUUUGGAGGUCAUAUGUACAGAUUCAGAAUAAGUCCCACAGUGCCAGUAAGACCAGAAGAUUCUUCAAUGCGAUCACCAGGUCUGCCAAACCCUUGGAGCCGUGGUUGUUUGCAAUUGAAGCUGAGAAAAUGAGGAAAAGACUAGUGGAAACUGUGCAGAGGGUAGACGGUAGAGAGGUCCACGCCACCAUUCCCGAGACCGGCCUGACGCAUCGGAUCAGAGCCCUGUUUGAAAAUGCGAUGCGGAGUGACUACGGCAGCCAGUGCCCCUUACUGUGGAGGAUGUAUUUGAAUUUUUUGGAUAAUUUAACAGAAGUUGAUCAAAGUAUUUGAACAUUUCCCAUUGACAUUUGACAGGGUCGGGUGUAAAGAGAUACAGAGAGAGUAAGUUAGGGGUUAGGAGAGGUCUGGGCCUCCCCCAUCCUCUUAGAGUCCAGAAUUCAUCGGGGAGCACCUCCCCUGAUCUCUGAAAGGCCUGAGUAGCAGGGAAGGACGCAUCUCAGGACAGCACACCCAGGACAAACGGGCACAAUUUUGUGGGCAGAAGUCGGCAUCAAGAUGAAUUACCACCAAAGUUUCUGUGUUUUUAAUGUUUAUUCUUCAGACUCAAAAGCUCAGAUUUUACGUCUUGACUCCCUUGUGUGAAAUGGAAACCUUCAGAAGUCCAGACACGCCAGCGUGGUGUCCGUGGGCACGCGCGGCCAGGACACGGGCCCUGCCCGUUACCAGAGGAGGCCACUGGGGCGGCAGCAGGAGGGCUGGGCUCCCACUGAGCUCCACCCCUGUCGUCAGGCCCCUCACUGAAGGAGCACGCCAGAUGCUCCCUAAUGGUUCCAGCGCUAAUACUCUGUGUCUAAGCCAAUGAAAGACUUUAAAUUUAAAAAGAGGGAGAGCUUGCACACUUCCAGUUUAACUUCUCCAGUCUUUUUUAGGUAGAGACAAAUAGGGUGAAGUGCAAACGUGUAGUACUUUUACUGAGGAUCUGCCAUGAGCCAAGUCUGGGUGGACUGUAGACAGAAAAAUUCUUGUUGACUUAGAAAAAAAGACUGGGACCAUUAAGGAAUGUCUGUCUUUUUGGAAAGAUUAGCAUCAGACCAAGAAUUAAUUAGAGCAGUGAUCUCCCCUAGCAGUUUCUGAGGCAUCUGGGUGAGCUCCUAACACUUUGAUAAACUCAGUGAAAAAAUCAAAUUAGGGCCAAAAUGAGAGGUGUAGGCUCUGAGUGCCAGGAGAGGGCAGGACGCCGUGGGGCCACUGUGGAAGGAUGUGGCUCUGGCUCCCUGGAGGAGAAACGGUCACUACCACGCUUUCACCUGGCGUUUAACCCUUUCAUACCUGAUGCAGCAGAGGCGUUUUCCAGUGGCCGACUGAUGAAGGAAAUAGCAGAGGGCAGUUCUCAUUUGAGGCUAGCCAACUUACGUACCUGGAUUUGCUGGAUUCCAGGGUUAACUGUGAGUCUCACAAAUACAGUGGUUGAGAAAGUACAGGAAUACUGUUUUUCUUCUUUCCAGAACAAACAAAGCCUUAAGUGUAGUUACUAUUUUAGCAGAGGACAUUGAAGAAUUUUGGUGUGUGAAGGAAGGACAGCUCACACUGGCUUCUUGGGUAUAAAUUCAGAGGUCCAGCCUCAGAAUGGCCGAGGCUCAUACCAGGGAGGGAGGCAGGAGCCCCCCGGGCCACGCGGCUGACUCUGUGGGUGGCACUGGGAGGGGGUGAGGAAGCCCUGCGCCUUGCCUGCCUGAAGGUUAUCACAGAUGCUGGUUACAGGCCAGAGUUACAGUCUUCCUGACUGGGGGAGUUAGCCUGAAAGAUCUGAGAAGGAGGCGAGGCUGACCUUGGUAGAUAGAGGUCCUGAGCUGUGGAUGGGGGUCUCUUGAUGCCACCCCGCGUUUCUGAGAGGUCGGCCAACAGCCCUCACCGGUCCUGUCUGGACACCAUGCCCUGGCUGCCUGGCGGGCAGAGCCAGCACCCGCUAGAAAGCUCUGCUGUGGGAACGGGAAGUCGGGCGGAGGUGGGCGGGCAGGAAGCCCAGGAACAGACUUCAGCUCCGUGAGCUCGGCUUGUGCCCGUUCACAGCUGCAGACACCCGCCUGGGGAGCCUGCCCGUGGGUUGUGACUCCCUGGAGGAGGGACAGGUCCCUCCCUGGGACUUGGGAGAGGCCCGGGGAUAUGGAGGGCAGGACACACGCUGCUCCGGCUUCCACAGCAGGUGUGGAAAAAGCGCCUGUGUGUGAGUUGAUAUAAGAUAUAAGGAUUUUAUAUCUUAGUGUAAAAAUGUGCUUAGAUUGAAAACGUGCUGAAUAUCUGCAUGCUCUGACUGAAAUUUCUGACCCGAAAUUUGCUUUUGAUAAGGUUACUGAUUCAGUAAUCCUGGUCACCUCAUUUCUCUAAGAUAGUUUUCAGAAAAUGGCAAGUAUUAAAGCAGAUAUCUUCUCUGUAUGAAGUUAUCACCCUCACCUCACGCACAAGGCCUCGUUCUAGGCACUCUUAGUAAUGCCAGGUGUGAUAGCCCACAGUGAUGGAGGAGAUGAAAACGAGUCAGAAGUGUUAAAGGUCAACUCCAGGCCCACUGAGACACAGCAGUCGCCCCUGAGGGCAUCCCGUGGUACGUGGACCCAUACCACCCAACAGCCACUGUGGCAGCGCCCCGGGUGGACCAGUACCGGGAUGGCCUUGGAUUCUCUUUCAUCGUUUUUGUAUUUUUUCC